UCUGAAUCUACAAUGAAAUCAACCAUGAACGCAGAGGAAUUGGUAUUAUAAUUGAGUCGAUAUACCGCGAGAGACUGCACCUCAUGAAUCAGCUGUGUUGAAAGCAUCACCGAAUAAACUGGUAUAUGUCCUGCAAAGCCAUGGCACCGAUUGAUCUGAGCGGCGACUGGAAAAACGUCAAGAACGAGAAUCUGGGCAGCUACUUCCAUGAAGCGAUGAAUCUCAACUUCAUGGCGAGUAUUUUCCUGGCGUCACAAAGUAUGGACCUGGAGAUCAGUCAGGACGGAGACGUCUUCAAAAUCCUCGUUCAGGGUCUCGAGACGUUCAAGUCCAACAUCACCGUGGGGCAGGAGUAUACUGUCAAGAACCCGCUGACCGAAGAGAGGGAUACGUGCCUUGCAGUGUGGGAUGGAGACAAACUACGCAUCGACAGCAAGAGUCCAAGUGCAGGUUCAGGUUGUGUUGUCUAUGAGUUGAUCGACGGACAGCUGGUCCUGACACAGACUCAUGGAACCGGAGACAACGCUGUUGUCUGCAAGAGGAUCUAUGACAAGAAGUAGGUGUUGGAGACAGACGUCUUUUGGGCGUCAACGAUGCGGUGCAAACAUCUUAGACCUAAAACUUGUUAUAAUCAAUGGACGUGCCAAUAGGCCUAUAUAUCAAACAUUAAAUGUUUAACCUCAUUCGAACAUAAAUGGGGCAAAGAAGUCAUAAUGAUAUAGUAUAAAACUAUGGGAUCUGCUAGAGGGCGUAUGGGAUCUCGUAAGUUUAUGAUAUGCAUGCAGUAGGUAUUAGCCGAUCAACACAAUUUUGAAAAAAAAAAGUAAUUCGCUUUUUCAAUUCAGCGCCAAUCUCCUCGAGACGAAUUUCCCGAUACUAUGACGAAUCGGAAUGCUCACAUUUGCGAAUUACACUGGACCAAAUACGAAAUCUAGAAAGGUGUAAAUUCGACAUCGGAAUCUACAAUGGAGCCAAGUAAACGGCUUUCUUGAGCUUGUCUUAGUACUAUGUUUGAAGUUUUAUUCCCGUAACAAACGUGGUGAAGUUGCCGUUGCGAUGGAGGUCUAUUAAAUCCUGUCCUGGCUAAUAUUGGCAGCCGCUCCGGAGGCGCAGC